UCAGGGAGAGGUGCUGUUUUCUAACUCAGAGUCCAAAGGCCCAGCUCACACCCUGCUGGACAACAGAAGAAAAGCCAGAGGCACCAGACGCCUUAGAUGCCUGCGGACACCAGACAACCAGACUGAAAGCUCUCCUGAGGGAACUGGCCACCCAGCCCAAGUGGGGAAGCCCGCGGGGAGAACACAGCUCCUGGAGAACCUCACGUCUCCCAGAAGGCAAGUGAGCCCCUGGGAUGAGGCUACUCAAGCUGCUGAUUUUCCUGGCCCACUGGGGAGUGGCCAGAGCUGAACCAGGGAAGUUCUGGCACAUCUCUGACCUGCACCUCGACCCCGAUUACAAAGUAUCUGAAGACCCCUUCCAGGUAUGCCCAUCAGCCGGCUCCCAGGCGGUGCCCAACUCAGGCCCCUGGGGUGACUACCUCUGUGAUUCUCCCUGGGUCCUUAUCAACUCCUCCAUCUACGCCAUGAAGGAGAUCGAGCCAGAGCCAGACUUCAUCCUCUGGACAGGUGACGACACGCCUCACGUCCCCAAUGAGAGGCUGGGAGAGGAGGCCGUGCUGGACAUUGUGGAGCACCUGACCAAGCUCAUCAGAGAGGUCUUUCCAGAUACUAAAGUAUAUGCUGCUUUGGGAAAUCAUGACUUUCACCCCAAAAACCAGUUGCCAGCAGGAAGCAACAAUAUCUACAAUCGGGUAGCAGAACUGUGGAGACCCUGGCUCAGUAAUGAAUCCAUCGCUCUCUUUAAAGAAGGCGCGUUCUAUACUGAGACGUUGCCAGGGCCAAGGCGGACUGGGCGAAUUGUGGUCCUCAACACCAAUCUGUACUACAGCAGCAAUGAGCAGACGGCCAGCAUGGCCGACCCUGGCCAGCAGUUCCAGUGGCUGGAAGAUGUGCUGAGCAACGCGUCCAGAGCUGGGGAAAUGGUGUACAUUACUGGCCACGUGCCCCCCGGGUUCUUUGAGAAGACACGGAACAAGGCGUGGUUCCGGGAGGUCUUCAAUGAGAAGUACCUGAAGGUGAUCCAGAAGCACCAUCGGGUCAUCGCGGGGCAGUUCUUCGGGCAUCACCACACCGACACCUUUCGGAUGUUCUACGACGAUGCAGGUGCCCCCAUCAGUGCCAUGUUCCUGACACCUGGAGUCACCCCGUGGAAAACCACAUUACCUGGAGUAGUCAACGGGGCCAACAACCCAGGCAUCCGGGUGUUCGAAUACGACCGAGCCACACUGAGCCUGCAGGACAUGGUGACUUACUUCGUGAACUUGAGCCAGGCUAAUGCGCAGGGGUCGGCGCGCUGGGAACUGGAGUAUCGGCUGAGUGAGGCCUACGGAGUGCCCAACGCAAGCGUCAGCUCCAUGCACGCAGCGCUAGGCCGCAUCGCCAGAGACCAGGGCACGCUGCAGCGCUACUAUGUCUACAAUUCAGUCAGCUACGACAAGUGGGUCUGCAGCGAGGCCUGCCGAGACGAGCACGUGUGUGCGAUGCGCGAGGUGGCAUUUGACGCGUACUCCGCCUGCCUGCGCGCCCCCGGGAAUGUUCCGACGUGCUGGCUCCCGCUCCUGCUGGCGGUGCAGUUCGGUCUGUGUGCGUUGCUCGCGCUGACCUGGGCGCCGCCUGCUGGAUCUCUGGGCUCGCCUUUCUCCGGUAAAUGGGAGCCCAUGACACUCACUGAGGUCUGGACUUUUCCAGUUUCCCCGACGUCCGCAGAGUGGAGGGUGGGAUAGCCAGACCACGAAAUGCAGCCCAAAGACCCUACCACAAGCACAUUUCUUCCAAGUUUCACGUUUUAUGUAAAAAAAACAAACAAAAAAAACAAAAAAACCCACAAUUCAUUAU